AAUCUGUGGGAGUUGUAAAUACAGAAACUACUAAAAAUUUGCUACGUUAAAAAUCACUCCGCGACUAAAUUUGUUUGCCAACUUGCAUCCAGCUAGCCGUAUAAUUAGCCUAGUUUGAAUUUAAACGAUAUCUAAAUUUAAACGGAAUACCGUAACGAAAGAAUACGAGAGAUACUGUUCGCGAACAAAGUUUAACAUUUCCCGCCACACACAAUCGUGUACGAAUAAUCGAUACAUCGGGUGACCACAUCAAACAUGCAAAUGGCCGUUGUUCGAUCGAGCGAGUGUCGCGUCACGCACGGCUAGAAGACUGCACCGAUGGGUUUCUUUCAUUCGUAACAGUUUCGCUAUUUCUGCGGCCCGCGGAUCCUCUACUUUGUCUACGCGACUCUGGAUGCGUCGUAUCGCUCCACGCGCCUCCAUAACCUGCACGAUGAUAAGUUUCUGUUAACUCACACAUAUGUUGGAAGACAAGGAUCUAACGUACGCGGAGGGAGGCCACAACUGGCGGAGCAUAAUCUUCUCGCUGCUGGUCAUCGGCUUCGUUAUCGCCGGGAUCGUCACGGCCAUUUACCUCCUCGGGUACGUCGACGAGCUGCUGUAUUGGAGCGGCAGGCGCCUCACGUUAGACGAGUGCCUUCGUGAUGACCUGACGCCACAUAGGCUACCACCAACCUGGAUUUCCCACGACAAGUUUAUCUAUCAAGCCGACGACGGUUCUCUCACUCUCCUGGACACCAGCAACAAUUCCGUGUCCCUUCUGGUCUCUAAUCACACGCUCAGACAGCUGAACGUUCAAGGCUACCAGUGCAGCUCCGACCUGCGUUACGUGUUGUUCAAGCACAAUGUCAAACCGGUGUUCAGGCACACCUUCACCGCUUACUAUACAGUCUACGACGUCACCAACGAUCAUCACACACCUCUUCGUCUGCACGCGUCGCGAAGGAUGCAGCAAACGCGAUUGCAACACGCCGUCUGGUUGGGCAACACGUCGGGCCUCUUGAUGAUAUCCGAGAACGACAUUUACGUUAGACUGGCGCCGUCCGCGCCAGAAGACGCGCGACUGACCGACACGGGCGUCGCUGGCGUGAUCUACAACGGCGUUCCGGAUUGGUUGUACCAGGAGGAAGUAAUGCCACGGCCAGAAGCCACCUGGCCUAGCCCCGAUGGCACUCACCUACUCUACGCCACGUUUAACGACACUAAGGUCACUGCCUUAGAGUUCCCCUGGUUUGGUACCCAGCCAGGCCUCGACGGAGCCAGUUCCAGUCCCCUAACCACGCCCAGGAGAGGCUCCUUUCCACCUUCCAAGUCUGUCAGAUAUCCUACUCCAGGAUCGUCCAAUCCGGAGGUCGACCUACUGGUCAUGGAACUCACCAACGUGACCAAUUCAGCCAACGUCAACGGCACCACAAACGGCACCAGAACCUUGAACUCCACUAUGGUUUUUAGAACGAAGCUUAAACCACCGCCUGUACUCGACGGACAAGAGUACUAUUUAAUAUCCGCCGGUUGGGUGGGCGAAGACUCCUCCCAAAUCGCCGUGGUGUGGAUGACGAGAUCGCAGAAUCUGACGCUGGUGUCCGCCUGUCAUGCACCCACGUGGGAGUGCGAGGAGACCCACUCGGAACGAGCACCGGAGGGACAGUGGCUCGACGCGCAGCCCCAUCCAGUGUUCGCCCCCGACGGCGACAGCUUCUUGCUGUUGGCAGCCGUGCAAGAAGGCGACAAGGAACACUUCACUCACAUCAAACACGUGACCCUGACUCAGCAGAGGAUAGCGGUUCUGUCUCAUGGUCGUUACGAGGUGAGCGAGAUCUUAGCGUGGGAUACCAAAGCACACCUAGUUUACUAUCUGGGCACCAGGGAGAGGAGGCCUGGACAGAGACACCUUUACGUUGUUCGCGAUCCUACUGCCGACGAUCCUCGGCGCCUAGAGCCGCUAUGUGUCACGUGUGACCUUGGAGAGGUUCUUUGGAGCAGCAGGUUUUAUUACACCAACUGUACGCACUUCGGAGCGUCGGUUAGUCCAGCGAUCGACAGCGCGUCCCAGGGUUACUACGUCCUCUAUUGCGAAGGUCCAGGCCUUCCCCUGGCAGGCAUACACUCGACGACGUCCCACAAGAUGAUGCGCGUGCUCUACGAUACGAGAAUCCAACGGGGGGACAAGCUGUCUCAACUGGCGCUGCCGACUCGAAGAAGCUUCGAGGUGCCACUGCCUCAGGGCUGGAAGGCUCAGGUGCAACUGUUGCUGCCGCCCUCGUGGCGAGAGGAGCUCAGAGACGCGGCGUUUCCGGUCCUGGUCGAGGUGAACGGUCGUCCAGGCAGCGAGGCGGUCACCGAUCGGUUCAAGAUCGACUGGGGGACCUACAUGUCGAGCCACAACGACGUGGUCUACGUCAGGCUGGACGUACGAGGUGCCAGGGGUCAGGGGAAGAGAGACCUGUUCAGGAAGAUCGGUGGCGUCGAGGUGCAGGAUCAGCUCACCGUGCUGAAGCAUCUCCUGAAGACUUUGAAGUACCUUGACGUCACGAGGGUCGGAGUUUGGGGGUGGGGGUACGGUGGAUACGUGACCGCCAUGGUGUUGGGAAACCAGGAGAACCUGUUCAAGUGCGGCGUUGCUGUGAAUCCCAUCGCAGAUUGGCUCUACUACAAUUCCGCGUUCACGGAGCGAGUCCUUGGCGCUCCGGCCGAAAAUUACAAGGGUUACGUGGAGGCUGACCUGACUCAACGAGCUAGACUCGUGCCGAGCCACAGCCUCUAUCUUCUUCAUGGUCUAGCUGACCUCACAGCGCCUUACACGCACGGCGUCGCCUUCGCCAAGGCACUGUCCGAAGCGGGAAUCAUCUUCAGGUAUCAGAGUUACGCGGACGAAGACCACGCCUUAGCAGGCGUGUUGGAGCACGCUUAUCGUUCCAUGGAGGACUACCUCGCCGAGUGCCUCUCCCUGGACGCGUCCUAGUGCCUCAAGCCGAAUACUCUCUCGUUGUCUCUAGCUCGCCUACUUCUGAUACAUCCCGGACGGGCGUGGAUGCUCGUCGAAAAGGUUCACUGUUCAGGAUUAGACUAGUUCGAGAAGAUUUAUCGAAAGCAUCCGGUGAUCGCCAGUACGCAGCGUCAAGAGGAGGAGGUUUGGGAUUAGUUAGAAGAGUCACGGUAGGAUACGGACGAACGAAACGCGACGCUGAUCCUUCUUGGCGGCUAGGAUGCUUAGAUCCGUAAUGUAGGAUGUGGAGGAGAAGUUAGAAGGAAAGUGGUGAUGCGAGGGACGAGGUAAAAACUUAGCGUUUGUAUAAGUAAUAUCGUUAAUAACGUUGUAUAUCAGCCGCCUGCAUCAGCCUGCGGAUUCCUCUUUGCUACGAAAAAAACUCGUUCACUUUGCUCUCUGGGCGCGCAAACCCCGGACAAAUUCUAGCGAUCCACCCCUAAACAUCCAGAGGCGUAUCUAGUUAGGAAAUACGAGCGCGGUUUGGCGGGUCAGCCUGCGUUCAGCAAGCUCGAUCGGUACGGAAGGAAACUAGAGAAGAAAUAAAAAGAAGAAAUUUCGAUUCGCGUUAUCCUGCUUCUCGCGAGCUUGCAAAUUCGCCACAUUUUGUAUACCAAACCUCCAUUAUCUGACGGUGACACGACACUCCACGGAAUAUAAAGAUGAUUGAGCGCAUCGAGCUUAGCGCGAGCUUGCAAGCUCGCGACUCAGAUUUUUUAUAACAAGCCUACGGGAUUCGGUGCUCCGGGAACUGAAGAUUGAAAGUAUCGAGCUUACCGAAAGCUUGCAAGCUCUCCUCGCUAUUUCUACGAUCACUUCGCGUCCGACUCAUUCCCCGAUGGCGGCGUCGACGGAAGAAUCGGCUGGUGGACUAAAUUUUAGGAACGACUGCCUUGCAGACCUUACCCCUACCGUCCCGGAUGCUCGAAGCCGAGCAUUCCGAAACAUUUAACGAUUUCAGGGUCGUCGAUUGUCUUAUCUAAUAUAAAUAGUACUAUAUCAUUAUUAUUCUGUCGUCAUCGUUACAUUUAUAAAUCUGCACGAUAAUACGUAGUCGAAACGAAGACUAGCAAAUAAUAUACGAUAAUUUAUUUCGAUUCACGUUAACGAAUUCAGUACCUAAAGUUCGUUUCGCGUCCGCCAUUGUAUCGGUCGUCGCUGUCGGUAAAACAGCACCUAGUGGCGCCAGGACGUCUCGAGUCGAUUCUUUCGUGGGGGAAAACAGCUGGCUACGCCUAUGCGAUGACUCGUUCAGGGGUAUCGACACACCACUCACCGUUAGAAACGAACGCUUAGUCCUAAGUUUUGUGUUGUACAGCUUUGGAGCCUAGUCUAUGUACCAUAACGUUACACGCGCGAACAGAAAGGUGAAACCAAUUCUCCCCACCCGACCCAUCCAACUCCCCCACCGCCCUACUACCCCAACGUUUGAACCUUGAAUAUUUGUAUAUAUCUAUACACGUCUUACGGAAGAUGUACCUCGGUGUAGGCCGCGUUCCCCCGACGAGGUUCGCGCGUGUUCCCCGUUUGUCGUUGAUCGUUUGUUGUACUAUAUCGCUAAGGUGUACUAUAAAAAAAAUCAGUUUCCAGAAUAAUUAAUUAAGUAAGUAAGCGUCGCGAGGCUUUAGGGUAACGUUCCGAUUCACCGUAUACUUUAGCUCGUUUCAGAACGCACCUCGUCGCGGGCAACGAACCUUAUCGUAUACCUUUUCUCGAUCAACACCGACCGCUUUCACGGUCCUGACGAAUCACACGACACCCGGUGCCGCGAGAUUAGGCCGAUCAAUGUUCGUUCGGAUGCAGUUGAUGUUGGAUGUUAUCGUUCGAGAUCGAUCGGACUCACGAGACCCAUUUCGACGAGGCUGGUCGACCCUUUUCUCUUAGCUAAACAUCCUAUUAAAACGAUUUAGUAUCGAAGAAGAGAACAUUCGCUGAGUUCACAGAUUCCCAGCUAGAGUUUAAACGAUCCUUUUGUAACGCGGCUAGAAACGGUUCGAUCCCCAAAGUCACCAACCUCUCGAAAGCGUCGACCAGCCCGGUUAUUUUUUAGAUCUAGCAUGCUUCUUGGUUCACGACGAAAUGAACGAAACGAAAAAAAUAGAGUUCACGGUUGAUCGUAGAAGGGUCGCGCUCGAACGAGGAGAGUCGCACGUCGCCAUAAACGCUGCCUGCCCAGCAGCCCUUAAAUGCCGACAAUCAAGGCUAGUGCAACUAAUCAAACGAUAAUAAAUAGAACGGAGAGGAUGAAGAAAUUACCUAAUAAUAUUAAUGUAUCUUAGAUGAAUGAUGGACGCGGUUCGUCCAUGGCAGACUGCAUCCCUGGGGCCUCGACGAGGACGGACGGGAUAAUUAAAUUACGAGAUCUCGAGGGAGAGAGAAUUGUAACGCAGAGGGGGCGGGAUCCUCGUCGGGGAGAUUGUUCAUGGACGAAAGUAUAGACGUGACGGAUCGGUAGAUCAGGAUUACGUGCUUGAUGUCGAUUGUAGAGAGUACAAAGAUUCGACGCGUGGCCAAGGAAUUACGUCCCAUUCUAUCAGAGUGUCUUUAAUUUAAAUUUAUACUUAGUUCGAAUCGAGGUAUUUCUAUUUUUCUAAAAACUCAAAAUUAAAGGAUUUCAAUACCAUGCAAUAAUAUGUAUUUGUAACGAUAACGGAAAAGAAUAUUAUAUAAACAAACUGUGUUUUAAUACGAGGGUUGAGCCAUCGAUUUGAUUUGAUCACUCGAUUCGAAAAAUCAAUAAUCUCUCGAACGAUCGAUGUAAAUACCGUUUGAAGAAUAAUUUGAAUUUUUUAUCGUGACUUUGAGCUUCGAUCAGAGGAAAGGGGCAAGUGUAAUUCGUUGGCCAGGCGUUAAGGAACCGACACGUCGUUGUUUCCUCGUAAAAGUUCACUUCGCGGUAUCGGUCGUUCGAAUUUCCCGCGCGAAUUCGAGAGAACUCGGGGGGCUUCACCGAGCAAUAGUCGUGUGGCCGUGCGAAGCUAACGAAAGAGACAAAGAAUGCAAGAGUGAAAUGGCGCGUGAGCGAUCGAGAGAGAGAGAGAGAGAGAGAGAGAGAGAUACAUCACGAACGAAUGAGUGCGAGUGUGAGUGUGCAAUCGCAAUCAAUUAUUAACUAUAAUAACGGCAGAAAGUGCGGCGAAAUAAACGUAGAUAUAUAGGGUAUGGGUCUGAAGAACGGCAGGCACGCAAAAGACAGGAACAACAGAGAAAAAAAAAACAGAAACCACCAACAACAACUAGAGAAAACGAAGCAUGCGAAUUACGUGAAAUUAAUCGCAGAUGAAACCUUGGUAGCAGCGCAUAAGGGUAUCUAUAAGCUUUUGGUAACGUAUUAUCGCCGCUAGGCUAAAAGAGAAUUAAUAAGAGAAAAAAAAACCCACAGAAAAAAAUUAUAUAUAUAUAUACACAUAUAUAUAUAUAUAUAUAUACAUAAAUUAUACAUAAAACGAAGGAAAGCGGUACACACGGAGAAAGGGGAGGAGACGGGACACGACACGCUGGACACAUCCGGACUUAAAACGGUUAAUUGAUGGAAAUUAAUUCACGCGGAACUCGAGAAGCAUCGGGCCCGUGCGAACGGAGAACUCGGACAAAUUCGCGUCGUACGUUAUUUAUUUAUUUAUGUGAUUUUUGGUUCUCUUUCUUUUCGUACGUAAAACGUCGUGCAAUCUCGACGAUUUCGAAACGCGGGGGCGAAGAAAAUGUUGCACGUUAAACGGGGGAGGAAAAAAAUGGAAUAAUAAUAAUAACGAUAACGCGUCUAUUUGAAAUUAUUUGGAUAAUCUGUGAUACUCAGAUUGACGAUUAUUAUCGGUUGUUUGUCGGAUUUAUCCCGGGAAGAUUUGGUGUCCGCGACACCGCCGGUGACUCGCGCGUUUUUAACCGGAUGCAUACCGAAUAUCGAGGUAUUAAUAGAUAAGAUAUCGAUAAAGAAAUUGUUCGGGUAACGCAUGCUCGAAACCGAGUCCAACGGCAUCGAGAACACAACGCGACUGUCGCCUGGAACCCCGUAUUUUAGAUUUUUAGUCACCUUUCGGGCGAAACGUUCCAGUAACUAAUUUCAACAAUACUCGAUUCGUAAUAUUCUCUAGAUUUCUCAAUAUUUUCCAACAAUUCUAUUCGUUCAGCUUUCAAUUAGAGUUCGACUGACCCCUCCGCAAGGGGGAAACUGAACAACAAAGUUUCAUUCAAAAAACCAUCUAAAGCUCUCUACAUCGAUUCAUUCGAGCUUCCAACGUGGAAAUAAAAUUUGAUCGCAAAAGUAAAUUAUUCAAAAGCUACUCUCCGAAGAAAAUGAAUGCGUAACGGGGUGUCAAAGUUAGAAAAUUAAUAAUAUUCACUAAACGGGGGGAAUGACCUUUCGGUGUACAAAUAAUAUUUUUAGUAAUCGAUCGACGAUUGAAACGUCGAACGAGAGAGGGGUUGAUCGGGUAAACCGGGGUGUCACGCGGCCAUUUUGAACGCUUGGACUCGGUCUCGUAAGCGGCCUGCUCGUCUCGACGUAUCAGAAUCCUCGAGGCGAUCGCAUCGUCCCCGAGCCGGCUCGAAACGACGUCUGAACGAUCAGAGAUUCGGUAAUCAGAGUAACGGGGGGGACACUGGAUCGUUUUUAACGGAAGCGUCGGGUCGGAUAUUGCCCUUAGCGAGCCGUCGAUUCGACCGUGGCCCCCCGCGAGUGUGGCCGACGCGCUCGGACAAUUGUUUUUUAUAUAAUAUUCGCUCGGAUCAUCCAGCGAGCGCACACGAUCGCCGCGGAUUAUCGUUCGGGAGAGACGUUCUCGAUAGUUUCUCGUGGGGAAAGCUGGAGCACGCGCGAUCGUUUCCACUCGGUUUUUUACGAUAUUCGCACGGACCUGGAGAAUCAUCCACGAAAUCGGCUCGGAGACACCAAAAAUCCAUCGAACACUGUGAUCAAACACCGAACACGGUCAACACACAUUUCGCAUUAUCACUACGAAAAAAAAAUCGACCUUAAAACGCUACGAUCGCAAAUAGAAAUUUCAUUGUCUUCAACGUCUUCGAGUUUGCAGCGAAUUCCAAGAGAGUUUCAGAGAAAGUAAAAAAUACAGUUUUUCAGUUUUCUUACUUCUUACUUUUUUUCCACUGAGAACUAGUUAAGGAAAAUAUCAUUUUACCUGAAAUCUGAAAGACUGCAAUUUUUUUCUCUGCUUUUCCCUCGAAAGAUUUGUCUCUGCAAAAUGGAGCACGUUGCGAUCGACGAUAAGAUUUCUGCUUGCAAUCGGUGCUGUUGAAGGGUCUCUGGGGUUAGGAAUUAUUAAAAAUUGAUAUUUAAUUUCUCGAUUAUUGUAAACUAAAUCCUAUCGUUUGAUUCUAUCUUAAGCGACUGCCCGAAUCGUUUCGGAGGCGCCGAUUUCGCGGAUGUCGUUCAAGUUGUAUUCCACGUAACACCCACGAGAUAAUCAUGUUACUAAGACUCUGCGUUUUUUAAUAUCAGCGAGGCUCGGCCCGGACAACGGGCGGACAAAAGUGUUUUCA